AUGGCUUCCGCCAUUCCCUCUCUGCUUUUCUGUCUGAUUCUUGCUGCUGCUCACCUUGGCAGCUCUUACCACACGAGCUACACCAAUGGUGGAAAGCACUUUGUUGUCCUCUCAUCCGAUCCGAGGAGUCCGUCGACCUGCUCGCCCGUCCCUUCUGACGGAGGACGGCUGCCAGUAAUGCAUCGGCUUAGCCCGUGCGCUCCUGCUUCUGGCGCCGGUGCCGGUUCGGGCCAAAGCAUGCCCUCGAUCGGCGACGCCCUCCGCCUGCGCGCCCUCUUCGGCGACUCAGGCGACUAUAAAAAGUCCGGGUUGACGAUCCCCUCGAUCGGAACCCCACUCCAGUCUCUUCCGGGCGCAUCAGAGUACCACGUCACCGUCGGCUACGGCACCCCGAUCCUGUGCGGCUCGAGAAAAUGCCCGCUGAGCGACUGCUCCGGACCCAGCUGCACGGCGACCCUGACAAAGAAGGGCGCCGUCGUGCUCAACGCCACCUUCGUCACCGACACGCUCACGGUCUCGCGGUCGGUCGCCGUGGACGAUUUCAGGUUCGUCUGCUUGGAGACGCGCGGCGCCAGCACGGUGGGCAGCUCGUCGGGAGUCCUCGACCUCAGCCGGGACCCCCAAUCGCUGGCGUCGCGGGUCGUUCUGUCGCCGGACACGGUCGCCUUCUCCUACUGCCUGCCCUCGGCCUUCCCCUACUCGGCGGGCUUCCUCUCCUUCGGCGCCACGCGCCCGAACAUAGUGAGCUACGCCACCCUAAAGAGCAAAGCCUCCCACCCGAACCUGUACUUCCUCCGGCUCGUCGGCGUGAGCGUCGGCGGGGUGGACAUCCCGGUUCCGCCUCAGGCACUCGCCGGCGACGCGCUGAUGGAGCUGCACACCACGUUCACCUACCUGCAGCCGAAGGUCUACGCGGCCCUCCGCGAUCAGUUCAGGGGGUGGAUGGGGCAGUACCCUGUGGCGCCGCCGUACGGCGAGCUCGACACGUGCUACAAUUUCACCGGCCAGAGCAGCGUCGGGGUGCCGGCGGUCGAGCUCACCUUCGAGGGCGGUGCGGGCCUGGAGCCCGGCGUCCAGCAGACGAUGUACUUCAAGGACCGCGGUAACAUCUUCCCCGUCGGGUGCCUCGCGUUCGCGCCGGUGCCGGCGCACGCACGGGGCAUAUCGGUUAUCGGCACCUUGGCUCAGGCGACGACGGAGGUGGUUUACGACCUGCGUGGAGGCAAGGUCGGGUUCGUCCCCAAGAGUUGCUUAUAA